UCGUUGUUAGAGCCAUUGCAAUUGUCCAUUAGGCACCUUAUGUGCCUACUGAAAGGUUUAGUAUGCUGUUGUUAUCCAUUCUAAUCGUUCAUCGCUCAGGCCAAUAAGGAACCAGCUACAACGUAGGUGUGCGAAGGACAGGCCAAUAAGGAGCCAACUACAAAGUGGGUGUGCGAAGGACCAGUGAAAUGCCAGCAUUCGCGGAUCCGCGGGCAUCAUUCUGUCCCAGCGUUUGACCAGUACACAUUGAGUCCGAAUUGUAAGAGCCAGCUUCUUCUUCCCAUUUCAAGAUAUGGGAAAAGCCUUGCGGUUCAGGAAAUCGAAGAUACACCUGUUCAAGAAGCGCCCUGGUGCUCGUGCACAGAAGGUCUACGUAGGUGAUAUUCUUUCGAGUGUGGGCACUUUCCAUCCAUCAAGAGAUCAGGAUGAGCCUCCCGAAAUAGCUGAGAGCAGUAACUUAUGUUCUGAGACUGCAUACACAAAGGCUAAAAGGAGAGAAAUAAGUGCCUGGGAUCUAGUCAAGGAUGAUAUUUUGAAGGUGUCAUUUGCAUGUUCAGCACCAAUCACAGGUCUCUGCAUUGUCUGUCAAGACCAUGGAGACUACAGAUGCUUGGACUGUGGUCCCACCACAGUUUUUUGCGAGGCUUGUUUAAAAAAGUCACACAGGAAUUUGCUGCACCUUCCCGACAAGUGGAAUAAGGCCUAUUAUGAACCCCUUUCAAGUGGUUUACAAUUAGUUUUACCUGAAGGGCAUGAAAAGCAUAAUGUUUAUAAAAGGGAAAUGAGAGUUGUUGUCAAUUCAGGGAGACUUUGCAACAUCUGUGUCAAUCUCUGCAAUUGUGAACCUGAAGUCUGCACCUUAAUAAGAUAUGGACUAUGGCCAGCAUCUGCAGAGAAGCCCCAGACAGCCUUCUCUAUUUCUCUUUUAGAACUUUUUAUUUUUUUAUCUUUGGAGUGUCAGGUAUCAGUUGAUGGCUUUUGUAACACCCUGCGCUGGAAAAACAGCCUCACCCUUGCAGAGGUGAAUAUGUUGUACAGAGCUUUGGUAGGUGAAUCCAUAUCCUAUUUUAGGCACCACUGCUUUCGACUUAGAACUUUGGUUGAUCUCUGCCCUCAAUUGAAUGAUGGAGGCACAUGUCCUGCUUGCCCAAAGCAAGAUGGAAAUAUGAUCGUAACACUUGAUGGGAACUUUGGACUUGUACGAAAACAAAGUUCAGGGGCAAGCAUAGAUAAACCAUUUCAUGGAAACCGUAUGUUUAUUGGUGAUGGUAGAAUAGAAUUCUACCGAUGAAGGGUGGAGAUACUUUGAGAUUGUUAAUGGUGUUAAAAUAGUCAAUGCUAUGCCUCUAAUCAGCAUUCUAAGCCUGUUGGGAGCAUCCGCUUGAAGUGCUGUAUUUCUAAAUGCUGGGGGUGAAAGAAGGAAGGUUUUUCGAUAGUUUUUUGUACUCGUUAUCAUGUUUCACUACCACACAUUCAAGUCCAGUUAUUACACCAUGUGUACUAUUUUUGCCCCAACAAGAACAAUACAAAAUCAUGGGAAGCGGUG